AUGAGACCUCUCACCCCAUGGAGGCUGCCUGCUGCGUCGUGGCAGAGGCAUCGGGUCACCGUCAACGGCCCAUGCCGAGGCUACCAUGACUCUAGACAGCACGUCGACGGGAACGGCCAUGUUCACCACCGCCACGAGCGCACCGUAAAGGCUUUCACGAGACGCACGGACGGUAAUGGCGAGGUAUACUACACCGUGGCCACGAAGGAGGAAGGCAAGGAUAUGCCCAAGAUGCCUCGACUAUUCGAGAUGCCCGACAUCAUCCUCGACCUCGACGCCGAGACGAUCGAGAACCUGGACUCUAGGAGGGUUCGAGAGUACACAGCGGCUGACGAGGAGAGGCUCGACGGGGAGUGGGCUGUCUCCCCUAAACACAAGGCCGUCAAGGCGCGAAUGAGACAGCUCUCCGUUAUGCUGGACCAUUCGAGGUCCAAGGCACGUGAGCUCGAUCGGGAUGCGGCACACCCUCUACACAUAACGGAGUACGACGUUCUAUCCGUCGCCCUGCGAGGGUUCGACGGCGGCAACGAUACGACCGGCAAGGCGCGUAAUUCCGUGCUCAGGAAACAUCCGAGGCCCGCGCAGUUCGUCAUCCGCCGCUUCUCCAACAUUUACCCCAAGGACGACGAGUCACCAGAGUUACCUACCGCAGAGCCUUCUCACGGCAACAUACCCGGCUACAUGAGGCAACUCCGUGUCGGGAACGGCAUCCCAUCGUAUGCCGCCAGGGACGAUGAGAGGCUCAUGCGGUGGAUGAUGAUCCGUCGAGAUAGUCUGGGCUCGGCAGAGGACGGACCUCGGCCGUCGUCCGUCGUGCUCGCGACGGCCAUCAGAGAGCAAAAGACGGAGAGGGGCGGCAUCGCCAUGAUCCGCCGUAUAGUAUUCGGCGGCAUCGAUCGGGGUUGCAGCCUCGACGAUAGCGUCGCCAUCGCCAUUCGAGACAGCUGUGUCCGCAUCCUGGACGCCUUUGCCGGCCACCGCCCACCCCACUACGAGGUCCUGGCACUUGUCAACAACCUCGCGGCAAGAGUGCCGUCAAUCACGGGGGGCAGCGACGUGGCUGGGUGCGUACUGUUCGGGCUGCGCACGAGGUCGCUCGCGGGCCUCGGCCUCGUCCAACAGGCGGCCUCCCAGCUGCGGGAGCGAACGAUCGGAGGCAGACGAGUGGGGGGCGGCAGCUCGGGCAUGUUGGCAGCGGACGUCCAUGCCUCCAUGGGCUCGUGGCUGGAACAACUUGGCGGCGGCGAGAACCCGGCGCUAGCGACGCGGCAAGGCAAGAAGGCCCUCUUCUGCAUCCUCACCGGGUUCGGGCAAGCGUCGUUUGCCACGGACACGGAUCGAGGCACGGAGGCCACUGCAUCCGAUACAUGUCCUGCACGAGCAUGCUCCUACCGCAGUAUCAUCAAGGACCACGUACGUGUGCAGGAGCCACCGGGUAAGAGCGACUUGUUCGCGCGCUACGUGGAGCUCCUCGGACGUCUCGGCGCCGUUGGGACGCUGCGGGGCGAAUGGGCCGAGGUGCAGCAGCAGGAGGAGGAGCAGCAGUCCGCGAGGCACGGCGACAAGGGCAGCGGCGGCGACGACACCAAUGAUAGGCUCGGGGAGGGCUUCCGACGGGCCAUGGCCGUGGCCUCGGAGAUGUCUGGGCUUACGAUUCCAGGGGAUGGUGUACCAGAGCCUGGCCGAGGGUCUGACUGCCUGAGGAGGCUGGCCGAGGAAGACUAUGCGCGUAUUGGGCAGUUCAAGGAUUAA